GGAGUCGUGGGUCUUCAUGAAGAAAUCAUUGACUUUUAUAAGUAUAUGUCUCCCAGACCUGAAGAAGAGAGAAUGCGGAUGGAAGUGGUGAACAGAAUAGAAAAUGUUAUCAAGGAGCUCUGGCCUAAUGCAGAUGUGCAGAUAUUUGGAAGUUUUAAAACUGGUUUAUAUUUACCUACAAGUGAUAUUGAUUUAGUUGUGUUUGGAAAAUGGGAGACAUUACCUCUUUGGACCCUGGAAGAAGCUCUUAGAAAGCACAAUGUAGCAGAUGAAAACUCAGUAAAGGUUUUAGAUAAAGCAACUGUACCUAUUAUUAAACUGACAGAUUCCUUCACUGAAGUAAAAGUUGAUAUAAGCUUUAAUGUACAGAAUGGGGUUAAAGCAGCCCAGCUCAUCAAAGAUUUUAUCAAGAAAUAUCCUGUGUUACCAUUUCUAGUUUUAGUACUGAAACAGUUCCUGUUGCAGAGGGACCUUAAUGAAGUAUUUACAGGUGGAAUUGGUUCUUAUAGUCUCUUUUUAAUGGCUGUUAGUUUCCUUCAGCUACAUCCCAGGGAAGAUGCCUGUAUGCCCAAUGCCAACUAUGGUGUUCUUUUAAUAGAGUUUUUUGAAUUAUAUGGACGUCACUUCAAUUAUCUGAAGACUGGAAUCCGAAUAAAGGAUGGUGGCUCUUAUGUUGCCAAGGAUGAAGUGCAGAAAAGCAUGUUGGAUGGCUACAGACCAUCAAUGCUGUACAUUGAGGAUCCAUUACAGCCAGGUAAUGAUGUUGGGAGGAGUUCCUAUGGUGCCAUGCAAGUGAAGCAGGCUUUUGAUUAUGCCUAUGUUGUUCUGAGCCAUGCGGUUUCCCCAAUAGCUAAAUAUUAUCCUAACAAUGAAACAGAAAGUAUAUUAGGGAGAAUAAUUAGAGUAACACAAGAAGUGGCCACGUACAGAGACUGGAUAUCCAAGCAGUGGGGAAUGCAAAGCAGAACGGAAUCUUCAUGUAAUGGUAAUGGAGUAACCUUGAUAGUAGAUACUCAGCAGCUGGACAAAUGCAACAAUAAUCUUGCUGAAGAGAAUGAAGCACUGGGAAAACCUAGAAAUAAAACUUCAGAAACACUUAGUAAACAUUCUUCAAAUUCUUCAUCAGGUCCUUUAUCAUCAUCAUCAUCCACACUGUCCAGCUCUAGUGAUGUAGAUUCUGAUGGAACACCUUGCAAAACCUCUAAACAGUUGAGUUGUCGUCAGUCUACCACAAACAGAGUGGGGUCACAAGAAGUGUCACUGGAAUCCUCCCAGUCAAGUGGGAAAACACAAAAUAGCCAAACAGCCAAUACAUCCAGCAACACGAACAAAUCUCAGCAUGGAUCUGCACGGUUAUUUCGCUCUUCUAACAAAGGCUUCCAAGGUCCAGCAAACUCAAGCCAUGGUACCUCAGUCACAAACAAACAGCACCAAGGCAGCAAAUCACACCAUCAGUUUUUCCACGGCAAAAAGAGGAAACACAAGAGGGAUGCAGCCCUGUCAGACCUUUGUAGAUAGUUGCCUACUUUAUGACUGUUCUUCUGUGUGCAAUGAUCUCAUGCUACAGGAUAGUUUGAUAGUGACUCCUUGGAUCUCUUCUGGAGCUUCAGACUGUUCAGACAUAGAUUAGCAACUGCAUUUUUUUUUCCCAGCUCGCCACGGAACGGAACAUGAAGAUUGAUCACUGCAAAAACAAAAAAAAGAAAAAAAACAAAAAAAAGAAAAAAAAUGGAAAAAAAAAGGAAAAAAUAAUUUUUUUAAAAAGAGGAAAAAGGCUGCUCAUUUGAUAAGUCAUAUGCUACAACAGGGUCAUUUAGGAUAUAAAAGCUUGAAUGUAAAAUAAAUGUAUUUCCCAUCAGCUCAUGCUGACCUGUAGAGAUAGUACUCAGUGUGUCUAGGGGGUGGUAACAAACAAAUAAAACACAAAAAAUAG